AAGUCGACAUACAUAAUGUCCAUAUUUAUUUUCAAAUGUUAUACAUGUAUAACUUAUCUCAUUGACCACACAAUGUCGAUCUUUGCUGCUGUAGUUUGGUUAUCAGUUGUGUCUUGUGCUCUUGUAGGUAGUCAAGAAACCAGUGAAAAACCUAACUUGACAACAAAUGAAAAUGUGACUCGUGAAGCUGCCUGUCUACUUCAAGACAAUGUUGACUACAAUGGGAACUUAAUGUUUUCCGGAACAAUUAAACUUACACAGACUUCAGGAGCAGCGCUAACGAUAGAAGGCAACAUCACAGGGCAGGCGACUGUCGGGGCAAACAGUAAAGUGGAACGUGGAUUCCAUGUCCAUCGUUUUGGUCAUAUUUUUGAGAGCUGUAACUUUUCCGGGUCGGAUUUUAAUCCAUUCAAUACUAAACAUGGGAGUAUUACCAGUCAGAACAGGCAUGUUGGAGAUUAUGGUAACAUUGAAUUGAUGACCAAAGGCACAGUGUCUAUUAAAGUAACAGAUAAUCUGUCUAGUUUGUUUGGAGAUAAUAGUAUCCUUGGCAGAUCACUUGUUAUUCACGAGUUUGAGGAUGAUUUAGGUGUCAAAAAUACAGAGGAAAGUCGCACUGAAGGCACUUCCGGUAGAAUAGUUUCUUGCUGUGUUAUUGCCCUUCGCGACGAAACCAAGAAUUGAAAAAAACAUAAAAAGAACGAAAUAAAUCUGUUCAAUAAACAAACUAAA